AUGGAUGAGUGGAAACCCAACCCCGUCGUCAAGCCCCACAAGAAGCGGAGCUGGUACCUUGCCUGGAAGUACAAGCUGAUGAACCAGCGUGCGCUGCGGAAGCUGUGCCAGACAGGUGCUGUGCUUUUCCUGCUUGUGACUGUAAUUGUGAACAUCAAGCUGAUCUUGGACACCAGGAGAGCUGCUUAUGAGGAGGAAGAGGAGUCUGCACAGGACUACGAUGACGAGAUGCUGAAUGUGGAGGCCCCUAGGCACCCUGUCAGCAACAAGAAGGUCUUGGAUGUCGAGGUAUACUCCAGCCGGUCAAAGGUCUACGUGGCUGUGGAUGGGACAACAGUCCUGGAAGAUGAGGCCCGGGAGCAGGGAAGAGGGAUCCACGUCAUCGUCUUAAAUCAAGCUACGGGUCACGUGAUGGCCAAGAGGGUCUUUGACACCUAUUCUCCCCAUGAGGAUGAAGCCAUGGUACUUUUCCUCAACAUGAUUGCCCGGGGCCGGAUCCUGAUCUUCACCAUUAAGGAUGAAGGCUCCUUUCACCUCAAGGACACAGCCAAGAAUGUCCUGAAAAGCCUAGGGAGCCAAGUUGCACCAUUCCUGAGCUGGAGAGACAUGUGGACAUUUGUGGGGAAGAAGGGAGGGGAAGUGUACGGGGAGAAGCACGCCAAGUCACCUGCCCUCUCGACGUGGGGUGACCCUGUACUGCUGAAGACAGAAGUUCAUCUGACAUCCGUGGAAGAUGCUGAGUGCCAUUGGCCUGACACAGACGUGAACCGCCGCCGAAAGAGGUUCUGCAGCAAAGUAGAAGGUUAUGGUAGCGUCUGCAGCUGCAAAGACCCCACACCCAUUGAGUUCAACCCUGAUCCCCUCAAAGACAAUAAAGUCUUCGAUGUGCCUGUAGCUGUUAUUGCAGGGAACCGCCCCAACUACCUGUACAGGAUGCUGCGCUCCUUGCUGUCGGCUCAGGGCGUCAAUCCGCAGAUGAUCACAGUCUUCAUCGAUGGGUACUACGAGGAGCCAAUGGAUGUUGUGGAGCUGUUUGGCCUCUCAGGAAUCCAGCACACUCCCAUCAGCAUUAAAAAUGCCAGAGUUUCCCAGCACUACAAAGCCAGUCUGACUGCAACCUUCAACCUGUUCCCGGAUGCUAAAUUCGCUGUGGUUCUGGAAGAAGACCUUGACAUUUCUGUUGACUUCUUCAGCUUUCUGAGCCAGUCCAUACACCUUCUGGAGGAGGACGAGAGCCUGUACUGCAUCUCGGCUUGGAACGACCAGGGCUAUGAGCACACGGCUGAGGACCCCUCACUCCUGUACCGCGUGGAGACCAUGCCAGGCCUGGGCUGGGUGCUCCGGAAGAGCCUAUACAAGGACGAGCUGGAGCCAAAGUGGCCAACCCCGGAGAAGCUCUGGGACUGGGACAUGUGGAUGCGGAUGCCCGAGCAGCGGAAGGGCCGGGAGUGCAUCAUCCCUGACAUCUCGCGCUCCUACCACUUCGGCAUCGUGGGGCUCAACAUGAAUGGCUACUUUCACGAAGCCUAUUUCAAGAAGCACAAGUUCAACACGGUUCCGAAUGUCCAGCUUAAAAACGUGGAGAGCUUGAGGAAGGAUGCCUACGAGACUGAAAUUCACCGCCUCCUGGGUGAGGCUGAGGUCUUGGACCACAGCAAGAACCCCUGCGAGGACUCCUUUGUGCCCGACACUGAGGGCAAGGUCUACGUCAUGUUCAUCAGGAUGGAGCAGGAAGCAGAUUUCACCACCUGGACUCAGCUUGCCAAGUGCCUCCACAUCUGGGACCUGGACGUCCGUGGGAACCACAAGGGGCUGUGGCGGCUCUUCCGCAAGAAGAACCACUUCCUCGUGGUGGGGGUCCCUGCCUCCCCCUACUCGUCCAAGAAGCCCUCAUCGGUGACGCCGAUCUACAUGGAGCCCCCAGCCAAGGAGGAGGGGGCGGUGGCAGUGCCAGUGGUUGCUGCAGCAGAGCAGACGUGA